CCAGGAAGGAGCGACGUCCCCUGGGCGCUGGGUCUGGACAGCGCCGCGCAGCCCCUGCGCCCCCGGGGCCCGCCCCGUAUCCCUGCCCGCGUCCCCCGGAGACACUGCGGCAGCGGCGGGCAGGCGGGGGCGGGCGAGGGCCGGGCGCGUCUCCAUGGAGCCGGGGUGCGCGUAGCCGAGCCCAGCCCAGCCCUGCCGGAGGCCCCGGGGCCGGUGCGCGGCGCGGCAGCAGGAUGCAGGCCAUGGACCCAGCCGCGGCGGAUCUCUACGAGGAGGACGGCAAAGACCUGGACUUCUACGACUUCGAGCCGCUGCCCACCCUCCCCGAGGACGAGGAGAAUGUGUCUCUGGCUGACAUCCUCUCCCUGCGGGACCGUGGCCUCAGCGAGCAGGAAGCCUGGGCUGUGUGCCUCGAGUGCAGCCUGUCCAUGCAGAGUGUGGCCCACGCCGCCAUCUUCCAGAGCCUGUGCAUCACGCCUGACACCCUGGCCUUCAACACUAGUGGGAACGUGUGUUUCAUGGAGCAGCUCAGCGACGACCCUGAGGGUGCCUUCGUUCCCCCGGAGUUCGACGUGACCGGGAACACCUUUGAGGCGCACAUCUACUCCCUGGGGGCCACACUGAAGGCCGCCCUCGAGUACGUGGCAGAGCCCACGCUGGAACUCAGGCUGAGCCCAGACCUCGAGGCGUUGCUGAGCCGGAUGCAGGCGGAGGACCCCGGGGACCGGCCGGACCUUGAGAGCAUCAUCGCGCUGUGUGAAGAGAAGCUGCAGCUCACGUCCUCCUGCCGCGUGUGCCGGAGCCUGUCUGCCGUGGGGAGGAGGGUCCUCUCCAUCGAGUCCUUCGGAGCACUGCAGGAUGUCAGCGAGAGCAGCUGGCGGGAGAGGCCUGUCCCAGGAAACGCUGGGCCGAGGAGGCCACCUGGGGACCCCAGCGCUGACCCAGAGGUUCUGCCGGCCCCCAAAGGCCCAGAGUCUGAGGCCAGCCAGGGCCCCAGAGCCUCCCCCACCAAGGCUCUGCUGUCCACCCCGGUGAGAAAUGGUGAGAGCCACAGCCGGGAGGAGCUGGCCAGCCUGGUCCUGGAUGCCGAGCGCACCCUCGGGGACUUGGACAGAGACGCCCUCAGAAGAAGCCGCCUGCGGAAAGUGCAGACGUUCCCCAGGCUGCUGUCUGACAGCCCAGAGGCCACCCCCUGCCUGCCGCUGACCCGCGGGAAAAGCCAGCUGCCCGUGUCGGAAUUAUUCCCUCCGGACCCCAGGAAGGCCUUUCUGGACAGGAAAAAUGGCCUUUCUAGCUUCCAGGCUCAGCCCAAAUGCAGGCUGUGGCCGGAGCAGGAGCUGGAACACCAGCUGGGAGGGGUUCCCUGUGCAGGCCGCGGCGCGGACAGGGGCCCUGGGGUGCCCGGCAGUCCAGGACAGCCCGAGACUUCACACCUGAGUCCGGGGCCAGCAGAGGCCAGACCCUCAGACUGCCCUGCAAACCCUCGAGAUGCUAACGGUGAAGCCCAGACUCCCGGGGACGAUGAGAGAAUUCCGGAAGGAGCCAGGCAGCUGGAAAGUGCAGCCGCAGAGCAGUGGGUGUCCCUGCAGGACCUCCUGUCCCAGCUGGGCCGGCCCUUCCGGGAGUACGAGCUGUGGGCCCUGUGCCUGGCCUGCCUCCGCGCACUACAGAUGCACCCCAAGCACCCAGCCCACCUGUGUCUGGACUCCGUGCUGGUUGCUGAGGACGGGGCUGUGCUCUUCCAGCCACCCCCUGCCAACGGUUCCUAUGACUCGUUCUUUCUGGCUCCCGAGCUGGCAGAGGAGAGGCUGGUAACUGAAAAGGCCUCUGUGUACUGUGUGGCCGCUGUCCUGUGGACCGCAGCCAAGUUCAGUGUCCCCCGCAACCACAAGCUGGCCCUGCCACGCAGGCUCAAGACCCUCCUCCUGGACAUGGCCAGGCGCAGUGCCCCAGAGCGGCCGUCCGUGGCCGAAGCCAUCAAGGUGUGCGGCAGCUACCUCCUGCAGCGAGGCAUGGACAGCCGGAAAAUCCUCGCCCACCUCAGGGCUUCCACCUGCCAGGUGUACCAGGAGGAAGAGACCAUCAGCCUCCAAAACGCCUUCUCAGUGGUUGAACUGAAGCCAAGUGUGGCACCAGCCCCAGAGCCCAGCCCAGGCUUCCUGCCGGUGAACGGCAACACCAGGCUUGUGGCUGUGCCAGGGCCGGUGCCCGGCCAGCGCCCCUGCCGUGAAGAAGCCACCCAGCUGCCUGCAGCGCUCACCUUCGAGGCCACGCACUUCAAGCCCAUCGUCCUCGCGCAGGACGCGGUCACGGCCAGGGACCAGCCUGCCUUGGCCCAGGAGGAGUCCCAGGAGAGGGGCAGCCAGAGGGAGGGAGAAGGUGAGGAGAAGCCCUCCCCAGAGGCCCUCGCCGGGUCCCCCAGCCUGAAGACGCCUGACGGGCCGGCGCCUGGUCUGGGGUCACAGGGAGCAGCCCCAGAGCCUCCUGGGGAGUCAGCGCAGCGUGACCCCGCCCAGAGCUGCCCCUGCUGUCCACCCCGGGCCCCAGCAAACCAGCCAGAGGAGGCCUCACCGGCAGCUCCCAGCUCUCCAGUCCCCGCCCCGCCCAUGAAGGCAUCUGUGCUGCCUGAAAAGCCAGGGCCAUCUGUGCAGGCCCCACCUGGAGUCACUUCCGGGGGCCUCAGGCCCGACACCCUGGGGCCCACCACAGCCCACCACGGCCCACGCCACCCGCCCAAGCCUCCUAGAAGCAAGGCCACCGAGCGCCCGGGCCAGGACCCAGAGGGCCCCAGGGCCACCCCUGCCGGGGAACGUGAUGACCAGAGCCGGAGGCUUUGUCUGCCCUGCGUGGACGCCUCGCCACUCCCAGGGAGGACGGCCUGCCCGUCGCUGCAGGAGGCCACGCGCCUCAUCCAGGAGGAAUUUGCCUUUGAUGGCUACCUGGACAAUGGGCUGGAGGCUCUGAUCAUGGGGGAGUACAUCUUCGCCUUGAAAGAUCUCACCUUUGCCACUUUCUGUGGCGCCAUUUCUGAGAAGUUCUGUGAUCUGUACUGGGAUGAGAAGUUGCUGCAGAACCUCUUUAGAGUGGUGAACGGGCAGGCGUCGCCCUCCCCAAGCACGGUUGAGGACGCUGGGUCACAGCUCGAGGGCAGCCGGAGCCCCCGCUCCCCGUCCAGCAGGAGGCCCUCGCUGCACCACCUGGGAAAAGAGAAGCCAGCCAUGGCCAGGACCAGCAGCAGGACCUUGGUGUCGGAUGUGGACUCAGAGGCACUCUCCCGGGGAAACUUUGAGGUGGGGUUUCGGCCUCAGAGGUCCGUAAAAGCCGAGAGAGUGCAGCAGCCUGAAGUUGGCGAGGACAGACGGCCAGCUGGCGGGGCCUCGGAUGCGGAGGCAGUGACCCGACUGGCCAGGUCCAAGGGGGGCGGCCCGGCCAUGUCCCCUGGCCCAGCUGGAUUCCAGAGCUGCAGCCCCGGCUGGUGCAGUGCCUUCUACGAGGCCGACUGCUUCGGGGCCGACGUCCACAACUACGUGAAGGACCUGGGGCGGCAGCAGGUGGAUGGGGCCCUGCCUGACGCCCAGAGCCCGGAGCUGGAACAGCAGCUCAUGAUGGAGAAAAGAAACUACCGCAAGACCCUCAAGUUCUACCAGAAACUCUUACAGAAGGAAAAGAGGAACAAAGGGUCCGACGUCAAGACCAUGCUGUCCAAGCUGAAAGGGCAGCUGGAAGAAAUGAAAUCCAGGGUGCAGUUCCUCAGCUUGGUCAAGAAGUAUCUGCAGGUCCUGUACGCGGAGCGCUGGGGCCUGGAGCCCUGCGCCCUCCCGGUGAUUGUGAACAUCGCGGCCGCACCCUGCGACACGCUGGACUUCAGCCCCCUGGACGAGUCCUCCUCACUCAUCUUCUACAACGUCAACAAGCACCCGGGCGGCCGGCAGAAGGCCCGAAUCCUGCAGGCCGGCACGCCGCUGGGGCUCAUGGCCUACCUGUACUCCAGCAACGCCUUCCUGGAGGGCUACGUGCAGCAGUUCCUCUACACCUUCCGCUACUUCUGCACACCCCAGGACUUCCUGCACUUCCUCCUCGACCGCAUCAACAGCACGCUGACCAGGGCCCACCAGGACCCCACCUCGACCUUCACCAAGAUCUACAGGCGGAGCCUCUGCGUCCUGCAGGCCUGGGUGGAGGACUGCUACACUGUGGACUUCACUCGGAACAGCGGGCUGCUGGGGAAGCUGGAGGACUUCAUCUCCUCCAAGAUUUUACCCCUGGAUGGCUCUGCCAAGCACCUGCUGGGCCUCCUGGAGGUGGGCAUGGACCGGCGGGCCGAGGGCAGCCUUCGCAGCACAGACCUGGAGAACCCCAGGGAGGCCGAGGAGGAUGCGAGACCCUUCAACGCCCUCUGUAAGAGGCUCUCAGAGGACGGCAUCUCCAGGAAGAGCUUCCCCUGGAGGCUGCCCCGAGGCAACGGGCUGGUGCUGCCGCCGCACAAGGAGCGUCCCUACACCAUCGCCGCGGCCCUGCCCAAGCCCUGCUUCCUCGAGGACUUCUACGGCCCCUGCGCCAAGACCAGCGAGAAGGGGCCGUACUUCCUGACUGAGUACAGCACUCACCAGCUCUUCAGCCAGCUCACGCUGCUACAGCAGGAGUUGUUUCAAAAGUGCCACCCGGUCCACUUCCUGAACUCACGGGCCCUGGGCGUCAUGGACAAGAGCACCGCCAUCCCCAAAGCCAGCUCUUCGGAGUCUCUUUCGGCCAAAACCUGCAGCUUAUUUCUGCCCAAUUACGUUCAGGACAAGUAUCUGUUACAGCUUCUAAGAAACGCAGAUGACGUCAGCACCUGGGUGGCUGCAGAGAUUGUGACCAGCCACACCUCCAAGCUGCAGGUGAACUUGCUGUCCAAAUUUCUGCUGAUUGCAAAAUCUUGCUAUGAGCAGAGAAACUUCGCGACAGCCAUGCAGAUCCUGAGCGGGCUGGAGCACCUGGCCGUGAGGCAGUCCCCCGCCUGGAGAAUUCUGCCUGCAAAGAUAGCAGAGGUCAUGGAGGAGCUGAAAGCCGUGGAGGUCUUCCUGAAGAGCGACAGCCUGUGUCUGAUGGAAGGGCGGCGCUUCCGGGCACAGCCCACCCUGCCCUCGGCCCACCUCCUGGCCAUGCACAUCCAGCAGCUGGAGACAGGCGGCUUCACCAUGACCAACGGGGCCCACAGGUGGAGCAAGCUCAGGAACAUCGCGAAGGUGGUGAGCCAGGUGCACGCAUUCCAGGAGAACCCCUACACCUUCAGCCCCGACCCCAAGCUCCAGUCGCACCUCAGGCAGAGGAUUGCCCGCUUCAGCGGUGCGGACAUUUCCACGCUGGCUGCAGACAGCAGGGCCAACUUCCACCAGGUCUCCAGCGAGAAGCACUCACGGAAGAUCCAGGACAAGCUACGGAGGAUGAAGGCCACAUUCCAGUAGCCGAACUUGGGCCUGGUGUGGAAUUCCAGAUCCAAACCCAACUGCGGGGGGCGGGCCGGGAGGCGGAAGCCACGUUUCAGGCCCGGCCGUUAUCCAGGCCCCUUUGUCCCCAAGCCCUGGGGAGCUGGACCGGGAGGGAGGUGGAGGCUC